AUGACAGUCCUUUUAUCUCCUGUACCGACCUACACCAGCACACAAUUGUUCUGGUCCUGCGUCGGCAUCUACGCCGACGUCGUCAAGCUAUGCUCACCAAGCAAGAAACUUCGCAGAUUGGCCGAGGGUGUUGCGAGGUUCAGUAGAAGACCCCCAGAGAGCCCAACUCAGACCCUGACGAGACGCAUGAACGAGGCCACUACACUUGAAGAAUAUGAAAGAUGCACCGUUGCACUGGACCAGGUACAAGGGCACGAACAAUGGAAGCAAGAGAAGGAGUCUGUCGAGCCUGGUUAUAACCCGGAUGUCAUCGAGACUCAAAUGGCCCUUCUCGAGAAAGCUGUCGCCAUGUCAGAUGUGAGCGCGAUACAUCAUGUGUUAAGGACCGGCUUGAGCAGAGAUCUGGGAGGAAUGAACAUGCUUCGACUAUACAAGCACUCGUGGUUUGGCACCAAGGCCCUAAUAGACGACUACACAAACACCGUCCUGGGGAGCAUCGAUAAAUUUAUAGACAUGGCGGUUCACUAUCAACUGCCCGCCACGGAAGUCAGAUUUUACCAGCAAUCACUCGAAGACGCGCUCAAGUACUUUGGUCGAUCAGCUUUGACAUUGUCAGGAGGAGCUUUGCUCGGCAUGAAACAUAUUGGAGUCGUCAAAACGCUCUGGGAAGCCGACCUCCUACCCGAAAUCAUCUCUGGAGCAUCGGCUGGCAGUAUCGUGGCAGCAAUUGUGGGAAGUUCAACUGACGAUCGCAUGCUUGAGAUCCUGGAGCAUUUUCCAAAUUCCGACCUGGCUUGUUUCGAUCCACCUGGAACCACCUCGGUGACGUGGCUUUUGCAACGAGCACGCACUUUUGCGCGUACCGGCGCUUUCUUCGAAAUGUCAAAUUUGGAGAGAGUUAUGAAGUCGUGGUUGGGCGACAUCACCUUCCGAGAAGCCCAUUACAAAACUGGUCGCGUCCUCAACAUCUGCGUGUCAAGCGCCAGCAGUGCAGAACCCCGGCUAUUGAACUACGUGACUGCACCAGAUGUAUUGCUCUGGUCUGCAGUAUGUGCCUCCUGUGCAGUCCCAAAUGUCUUCUCCCCCGUCAGCAUUUACGAGAAGGAUCCCAUGACAAAAUCUGCGAACUUGUGGAUGGAAAAUGCCCAGCAGACAUUUGUGGAUGGAUCGCUCGACCAUGAUAUUCCUAUGAGGAAAUUGUCAGAAAUGUUCAACGUCAAUUUCUUCAUUGUAUCACAGGUGAAUCCCCAUGUUCGAGUUUUGCUUGAUGCCGAGGAAAAAUUUGAUGGGGUGCAACCAACAAGUCGGAGCCCACGUCAGAGUCUUGUUCAGAAGGCGAAGGUUCUUGUCAGGCAGGAGAUCAUCCAUCGUGCACAACAGCUGUCCGACUUAGGCGUGCCACAAAAUUGGUACAGAUGGGCUUCACUCUUCAAUCAGCAAUACACUGGCGACAUCAACAUCCUACCCGAGAUCAAAUAUAGCGAAUAUUUUCACAUGAUGAUGAAUCCAACCCCGGCUUUCAUGAUGGACGCCACUAUGGCUGGACAAAGGGCUACCUGGCCGAAAAUGUGUCGCAUCAAGAAUUGUGUUGCGAUUGAGCUUGCGCUGAUUCGAGCAAUUUACACGUUGAGAGACCGUGCGAACUUUGGACCUGAAGCUCGAGCUGCUCGUGAGGCCAAGAGAUCUACCAGUAGAGGACGCUCGAGGCGUGGGCGUUCCGCUCGUCCUGCAUUCUAUCGACAACGGAGUCUCAGUAUAGGGUGUCCUGAUAUGGGCGACAACAGCUCACCAACGGUCACGCCUCUGAGAGUUCGCCGCAAUGUCAGCCUGGGAAGUAUCCAUGUCAAACCGGUCGCGUCACUGUCCGUAACCCCUCGAACCACUCCUUUCCUCUCUCCAUCAGCCGGCAUGGACAAUGAGCUCCUGAAUGAAGCAUUGCUCAUGACCAACACCGGUAGCAAGGCGUGA